AGGGACUUGUGACUUUAAGGGGCAUAAGAUUUAUUUGCAAGAUAGAAUUGUGGGAGAGAACAGUUGAAAUUAAGCAGAAACACCCAAAGUCAAAAGGAAUGUUUGAAUCAUGUAUGAAAUUCAUGAAUAUGCAAUAACCUAUUGUUUUUAAGGGGCAGGAAAAAAGGAUGGGGCUGGGGGGCAGCUGCCCUUGCGCUCAGCAUGGGAAGGAGCAGGGUCAAGCUGUUGCAGGGAGAAUUCACUGUCAUCACUAGAGUCCAGUCCUAGGGACUACCACCAUCUGCUUGUGUGUCCAGGAAUCUUGACCUCUUUUUUCUUGCCUACCCUCAUAUCCUUGCCUGAGAUCCCCUUAAUUUCAAGAUUAUAAUUAUUUUGAGGGAGGGGUUUACAUUCUCCAUUCCAAGGGAGGCUUCUGCCUUCCCUAGCAGACAUGUGUCUUUCAAACUAGGACAUAACCUGAUCUCUGAAUUUCAUUUCUGCAAAUUCCAUAUUUUUCCAUAUUCUUCCACUAAAGAUAAAAAAGUAUAAAUUGUAUUAUAUAAUGUUAAAUAUAGGGUUGUUUGAAGACAUUGUAAUUUUGUAGUUUAGGAAUGGUACUACCUGAUUUACAGCUCCCACUGUGACUCUCCAAACCACGCUGCUGCUCACUCCCUCUUCCCCUUCUCAUCCCCCUAUGGCAGGCUGGAAAGGAGAACCGGAGACACAAAAGGUAAAGAUCAUGAGUUAAGAACAAUUUACUGGAAACAACAAUGAGAUAAGAAAAAUUACCAGUAACUGUAACAAUAAUAAUAAAAGUGUGCAAAAGAGAGUGAUUCACAUGCAAAAUGCUUAUUAAUCCUGACUGCUCCACCUAGAAGCAGCCCCCUUCCGCCCACCCCAACAAUGGUGAGAGGUAAAGAAUAGCCUCUUGAGUCCUGGCCACUGCAGAAAUUAACCUUGUCCUGGCCAGAACCAGGAUGCUUAUCCCAUGAAGUUAGCAACUGUAUUCUAGGCUGAACUGGGUUUUUUUUUUAAUUAGUAAUUAAAAGUGUUUUACAGGUUUGUUUUUUUUAAUUGUUAACAAACCAGAUUUUACCAUUUGUCAAUGAACUUCUGUUUUAGAAAUGGAAAGCAACUGGAAUUUUUUGCAAUGACCUAUGUAUUAAAAAUUACUGAAGUUACUGCACUAAACUUUUUUACGGUGUAGGUCCUGGAUUCAUGAUUUCUAAAGCAGAAUAAUUUUUGAUGUAGUGCAAUGCAACAAGCCUGGCAACUUCUUCUUAAUAGAAUUUGACAUGUUUUGGUUCUCUUUGAUCCCUGAUACAAUAGUAACUUGAAACAUCUUAAACCCAACAUUUUUUUCUAAAUUUUUGAUGCAAGCUCUUGUGAUUUUUAUAGUUUGUCUUGUGUUGUCUUGGGGUUUAGUUGAAGGGCCCAGGGUGGGUGUUUAGGGAUUUUUGCCCAGCUUUUUCAGUUUAGUAGUGAAAAAUGUCUUUAGUUUUUUUCAUGUUUUUUUUAAGCAAUACAUUUACUGGGAAAAAUUAAAAUCAAGAUAAUGUGAGUCAUGAACUGUAAGGAAAGAGAAGGGACAGAUGUGCAGAGCUUGAGAACAAAUGAAAAACAAUCAGUGGCAUCCUGUAAUAAUUUUGCUCUCUGUUGACUUUCUGAAGAAACAGAAAGUCGACAGAAACCUGAGAAGAUCAUUUUUGAACCACACCUGAGUGUAAAAAUCACUUGUCCUAUUUUUUUGUUUUUUUGAAAUGUGGUGAGACUUUUUCAGGACUAACUGCUUUAAGGAACAAAUAGUUUGACAAGCAUGGCUUUUGCUUUCGUGAAAUAUAAACAAAUAAAUCCUUAAGGAAGAGAGGUAGGCCUAGCCAUGCGUAAAGGAAGUACCUAGGACAUUUUUGUACUAAACGUGCUGCAUCUGGCACUUUAGCAGCCUAAAAAUUCUCAAGAUACAUUGUUUGGUACAUUUCUCCUUAUAGAAUCAGAUGUGAACAGAAGACCAGUUGUAGUGAACAUAUCUCUCUCAAAUGAAUUUAACACUUGUAGGUUAGAACCCAGAACAGCCAAGUUACAACGCUGCCAGCCCAAGCUGAGUAAAGGUGAGGUACCAUAUGAGCAGCACUGUGACGGUAUGGUGGGUGGGAUUUUAAUAAACAUUUAUAUUGUAAAACUCCGUUUGUGGCUCUGCAAGAUCAUACUAAUUCUAACAUUUAAUAGUAUACAAGAACCUAACCAUGUAAAUAUGUAUUGAUACAAUGUAGACACUAAUUUUAUAGUAAAACAUGUAUACUUAUUUUUAAUUAGUGUAGGAAGUGACAAAACACAACGUAAACCUGCCUCAAAUCACAAACCCUUUUCCACAUCAGGUAUUUACUUAAGGUCUAUUUCCUGGAACACAGGCAUCCUGGGUAGCUAGGCUGGGUAAGUGGCCUAGAGGAUAGGGGGACGACAUUAAGAAGGAACUCUCAUUAAAUUUGUAGAUCACGAGCAGUGCACAGAAUUAUAAACCUCUACCCAGGUAAUACUCUGAUGAAGUGGGAUGACUGAAGGAAGCAAGUACUCAUUUGAAAAUCUAAAAGCAUAAGUUCUAACAAUUCAAUAUAUUUGUGUGUGCGUGCAGGUGGGUGGAGAAUUUCUACCCCCACUAUUUCCACUACUAGCAGGCAAAACUACCUAUGUGAAAUUCAGGAAUUAUUGGAGCAACUGGCCUGAACUGAGACCUCUAGGAGGAUGGAUAAGAUCGUACAUAUGCCUGAUUUAGUUAUCUUGAAACUAGCUAAGGCAGCUACCUCUACAAGACCUGAUGAUGCAUGGACCACCUAUGUGAGAGGCACAUACCCUUACUAAUGCACAGAUGAUUGGUUUACAUUUCCACACAAGCAUAACAACUUCCAUGAUCUAUGGACAUUAAUUUACUUAUAAAUUGAGUCAUGUGCUUUUGAGGUGUUAAGCCAAUUUUUGAAAGGGUACCUUUAUUUGCCAGCCUUGGAAAGUCAGUUGUCCUCUAAAGUUCAUGUCUGAAAAUUAAUAGCCAACAGGCGCACUUCUGUUAUUUCAAAAUGUUUUCUCUUACAAAGUACUCUCUGUGUUGGACUUAGUGACAACAGACUAAUAGCAUUGUGACAUCUGCAUGUAGUGGCUUUUUGCUGUAGUGGUUUGUACUGUCACGACUGUAAAAGAAUCUCAGCAAUCAGACAAAUUGCUCGUAAGUGGCCAUUGCCCCAUUCAGAUAAAACGCAUGAUGUCAACUGAAGGACAGUUUAUGACCAGAAAUGCGUAUUUCUCAGUACUGAAGGGUUUUUUUUUUGACUGAAUCAUGAAAAUGCCCCAAGCCAGAACCAAUACACUUCCCCCCGUCGGGAGACAGACGCACGGCUGUCUAUGAACACGUGAGAACGCUUCGCCCUUCUCCAGCCCUCGGCCCGCGUGCCAGCUGCCGGGCACGAGGCUGCUGACCGAGAGCGGCCCGGCCGGCCCGGCGCUCAGCACGGGCGGCACGGACAGCUCCGCCAAGGGAGGUGCUUCCCGGCGGGGCCCGGGCGGGCGGCGAGCGGCUUCAGGGCCGGCCGGCCGCUUCCCACCAGCGGCAACAUCUCCGGGCUCCGCGCAGGGCACGGGCACAGGCGGACAGCACACGCAGCUACGGCCAGCGGCGGUUGGUGCGGGAGGAUGGAAACCGCCCUGCCAGGUACGGCCUCGCCGAGUCCGGCCCCGCUCUCGCCAAAUGCCGAAGUUGCCGCCGGGCCCAAGCGAAGUUGGCGAAGCGCGACCCGUCCCGGCUCCCCUCGCCGGCCCUCGGCGCGGCCGCUCCGCCCGCACCCUCCCUCCUCGCGACCCGGGCACCGGCACCGCCCCCGCGGGUCGGCGCAGGCGUCGCCGCGGAGCCGGCGGGACGGGAGGGUGGGCGUGGGGUGCGGGCGGUGCUGCGGGCGGCCGCGGCAGAGCGGAGCGGGAGGCUGCCCGGCCGCCGCCGCCUCUCAUGCCUUCACGGCAACAAAGAACGCGCUGAGCGGCGGGCGGAGGUGCCGGGCCUCUGGUUGUGCCCCGGCAGUGCCGGCGCGGAGGGCACCGGGAGACGAUGGCGAGGAAGGGCGAAGCCUCCGCACAUCUCUACGGUGAACCAAGGAAAUUUGACCCGAAAUUCAGAGGACCUAUUCAUAACAGGCACUGCACAGACAUUAUUUGCUGUGUGAUCUUCAUAGUUGUCAUUCUGGGUUACAUUGCGUUAGGAGUUGUGGCUUGGGUGCAUGGGGACCCCAGGAAAGUGAUUUAUCCAACUGACAGCUAUGGGCAGUUCUGUGGUCAGAGAGAUACCCUCAAUGAGAACAAGACCAUUUUGUUUUACUUCAACAUUCUGAAAUGUGCCAGCCCCGUAGUGUUAAUAAACCUACAGUGCCCUACAACACAGCUUUGUGUCUCAAAGUGCCCAGACAGGUUUGCAACCUACAUUGAUGUUCAGGCUUCUUACAGAUAUAAACCAGAUCAGUGGAAUUACUUCAGGCAGUUCUGCAAACCUGGUUUUAACAAUCCUCGCAAGUCUGUUGCUCAAGUCCUACGUGAUGAAGAUUGUCCUUCGAUGAUCAUUCCAAGCAGGCCUUUUCUGAAGAGAUGCUUCCCAGACUUCUCCACGAAGAAUGGUGUGUUGACCGUGGCAAAUCAGACUACAUUCAAAGAUGGAAGAGGGAAAACAAGAAAUGUAACUGAUCUCAGGGAAGCUGCAAAUGGCAUCAAUAAUGUCCUGGAUGCAAGAUCAGUUGGAAUGAAAAUUUUUGAAGACUAUGCCAUUUCUUGGUAUUGGAUUUUAAUUGGGCUGUUCAUUGCAAUGUUGCUGAGUCUACUCUUCCUUGUGUUGUUGAGAUUCACAGCUGGGGUUCUCUUCUGGAUUUUCAUCUUUGGUGUGAUUGGAAUUAUAGGUUAUGGCAUCUGGCAUUGUUACUGGGAGUAUGAUCAUCUUAAAGGAAUACCUGGAUCUGACCUCACUGUUUAUGAUAUUGGAUUCCAGACAGACUUCAAAGUGUACCUGCAACUGAGGCAAACAUGGUUAGCAUUUAUGAUAAUACUUUGUGGUGUUGAGAUCAUAAUCAUACUGAUGCUGAUCUUCCUAAGAAAUCGGAUCCGGAUUGCUAUUGCAUUGUUGAAAGAAGGUAGUAGGGCAAUUGGUUAUAUAAUGUCUACACUGUUCUACCCAAUCGUCACCUUCUUACUCAUUGCAAUUUGUAUUUCCUACUGGGCUGUGACAGCUGUUUUUCUGGCCACAUCAGGAGAACCUGUGUAUAAAGUAAUGGCUAAUCAAACACUGUGCAAAUAUGCAAACCUAACUUGUGACCCAGAGACUUUUAACACAACCAAUGUGACUAAAUUGUGCCCAGGUGCUCAGUGUACUUUUGCUUUUUAUGGAGGAGAAAGCCUGUACCAUAAGUACAUCUUCAUCUUCCAGUUAGCCAAUGCCUUUGUCUUUCUCUGGCUGGUGAACUUUGCAAUUGCACUGGGUCAGUGUACCCUUGCUGGUGCCUUUGCCUCGUAUUACUGGGCCUAUCGAAAACCAGCUGAUAUUCCACUGUGGCCACUCUUCUCUUCAUUUGGACGAGCAAUACGAUACCAUACAGGUUCACUGGCAUUUGGAGCCUUAAUUCUUGCAAUUGUCCAGCUUAUUAGAGUAAUACUGGAGUACCUGGAUCACAAACUGAAAGGUACUCAGAACUCCUUCACCAGAUUCCUACUCUGCUGCCUCAAGUGCUGUUUCUGGUGUUUGGAAAGAUUCUUAAAAUUUAUAAACAGAAAUGCCUACAUCAUGAUUGCCAUAUAUGGUAAGAACUUCUGCACCUCAGCAAAGGAAGCAUUCUUUUUGCUCAUGCGGAAUGUGGUGAGGGUUGCAGUUCUGGACAAAGUUACAGACUUCCUUCUAUUUCUGGGGAAGAUCCUUGUUGCUGGUGGUGUAGGUGUUCUUGCAUUCUUUUUCUUCACACACAGAAUACCAGUCUUUGCACAGGAAGUGCCAAUGCUGAAUUACUACUGGGUACCAUUGUUGACGGUCAUCAUUGGCUCCUACCUAGUUGCACACGGGUUCUUCAGCGUCUAUGCAAUGUGUGUCGACACGCUUUUCCUCUGCUUUUGUGAAGACCUGGAAAGAAAUGAUGGAUCUACAGCAAAACCCUACUUCAUGUCAGCUAGCCUCCACCGAAUUCUAGGGAAGAAGAAACUAAGCUCUAAGAAGGCAGUGGGAUAAUGAAUGCUACACCUCAACAUCAAAAAGUGUCACUUUUAAUCAAAACGUGUAUAAAGUAGGCAAAAGUAAAAACUGUAAAUGAU